CGCUUUCAUCACGGAAGGCCGCAGAGUCGAGAGGAACGUCUGCAGAUGUCGGGCAAUGGUGGGAGAGGGCCAGCAGCCUUUCUGGUGGCUGUCCUCCUCCCCUCUACCCUCCAGUUCUACACCCACUCAAACCACUGACAAAGGGCCUGUCAGACUCCUCUCACGGUGACCUUGGAGACUCUGAGAUACUGCAUCUACAGGAGAAGGCCAGUAGACUGCUACACAGAAGCUCUGAGGGCCUGGGCUGCUCCAAUUUGUCCUCCUCUGUGAGCAUAGAUGAGCCAGUCCGAAGGCCUAUAAUUACCAGUCUUAUCAACUCAAUCACUGUUGUGGGGAACCUAAGCUCAGCAGACCUCUAUGCUGGAACCGUGCCCAAACUGUCUGUGGUUGGUCCCCCUGACCCAUGCAUACGCCCAGAGGGGGACAUCCUGUUUCAGUGGCGCCUGAGGAGGAAGAUGGAGCAGGCCAGUCGGUGGUCACACCCACAUCAGGUUCAGACCCUUCAUCAGCACUCUGUCAGCUGGCAGGCACACAAGGUACAGCGGAAUCCCCACCCUGCAUAUUCCACUCAUAUAGUUACCCGCUCCUUCACCCAAGCCCCCCAGGAGACCAGUGUCCCCCAUGGACCAUUCUCCCCUGCAGCUGCCCUCCCCAUCUCCAGCCCCACCGUCUCCAAGUUGCAGCCGGAUACCCCGGUCUGUCCCCACAUGCAACUCCUCUGUGACAUCCUUCAUUAUACCGCUCAGUGCCUCUCCCCUCCACCCAGCCACCAGAGGAGCCCAAAUAGGAGGUCUCUAGGGCCGACCGGACCAUCAGGCAGCCCAAAGCCCCGUUCAGAUCCACAGACACCUCCACUGAGGAGACCACUAGUAAACAUGAGUCCUCUUCACCACCGCACGCCUUGUCUCUUCGCCUUGCCCGCAGACCAUUCUGAGAGGCCCAGCUAUACAGAUUGGAGUGUGAGCCAACACAGCACCAGAUGUAAAGACAGGGUCACCCCAUGGAGAGAGGAGCCCAGCAGAGACUGGGGGCAACUGGAAAGCAGGCCAGGGGUAGUGAGAGAGGGCCGCCCUCGAGACCGUGCUCCAUCACCCUCUCCCAUACACAUUACCCUGGGACAGGUAGUUUCAGAGAUAAUGUUACCGACCAUGGACUCCCGGACCCGCCCAGAACCCCUGUGUCCUCUGACUCUCCCAGAUAUGCGCCCCCACAGUCCCCCGCCCUGCCUCCCAGUGCACAGCAGCCCCGGGAGGUCGUAGCUCAGCUGCUGCAGGAGGCUGAAGAUUCAGACGAGCAGGAGUUUAAAGACGACCCCUUACUGAAUGUCUUAAGGCAGCAGAGUGAUGGGUGAAGGAGCAAAUCAGCGAGGUGGACUUACUGUUGGAUGAAUUCCAGGAAGCGUGAUCACUGGUGGUGAGCACACACAUGGAACAAAAACAACCAAUUCAAAAGCAUUUUUAUUUUUGUACCGAAAUAUAGUGCAUUUAUUUUUGUUA